AUGGGCGGGAUGUUCGUCAAAGAGUGCCGCGACUUCGGGCUGUACGAGCGCGAGGUGGUCAUGUACGCCCAGGUGGUGGAGGUGUUCCGCCAGCUACUGACGUCUCGCGGCCAGCCCGUGCUGCUGCCGUUCGCCCGGCUGGCUUACGGCACGAUGCUGAAGGACGGCCAGAUCCUGGACGAGCGCGGCCAGCUGGCGGCCGACCAGCGGCUGGGCGAAAUGAUGGUGCUGGAGAUGCUCACGGGCUACGAGGUCGUCGACAAGAAGGUGGGGUUUGACCUGGAUCACGUGCGGCUGGUGCUGCCGGCCAUGGCUCGUUUCCACGCGAUGGGCUACGUGCUACACCAGAAACAUUCUGAAAGAGCCGAUCGUCUACGCAGCGUGCGUCUCGAGAUGCCGGACGACCUGUCCCCAGUUCGGCCUGGCCCUGAAGCCACAUUCUGGCCGGUGCUGGAGCACGAGGGCCUUCUGUCAGAGGCAGCCGCUGUGGACAGAGUCACCAGCGCCAAUCACUUCAUAGACGCUGUCAACCGUACCUUCACAGAAGAUCUGGACGUGUACCGCACAGAUGAGGACGGCGUGCGCCACCCGGAGGACAUCAAGUUCUUGGACCUGCAGACGUCACGCUUCGGCGACCCGGCCUUUGACAUCAUGUACUGCAUGCUGACCUCGACGCGCCGAGCUUUGCGCCGCCAGCACUUCCGGGACAUGCUGAGCUGGUACGUGGCAGCGUUCCGGACUCAGCUAGAGGAACUGGGAGAGGAGCCGGACCAGCUGGCCCCCUGGCUCAGUGUCGACAGACUCUACAGCAUGUACGGAAAUGCGCUAAGCAACAGCUGGAUCCAGGCAGAGCAGGUAGUCCAGAUGCUGUUUUCGUCAGAGGAAGAUCGGAGCUUGAUCUUCUCCAGCAACGACAAAGAGGCAGCUCCAAAAGCCAUACAAACGAUGACGGAGCGGUGGCUUGCAGGAAAAUGUACCCCGGAACUUACAGUUCGAAUUCUGGAGAUCAUCGACGAGCUGGAAGAGUUUGGUUGUUUGAAAUAACGCCCAAACACGCUUUUCUGCGAGAUGUCAAGAGCACAAUGCUCCACAUAUUGCAACAAACUGGUUUCGAGAAACGAAACGGGAAAUCGAGCGAGCUUUAGAAGGUUUCCUCCCAAGUUUCGCGAGUCCUGAAGCGCUGUCUCGGGAUACCUGUUACCAUGCCGCGCGUGUAGCUUAGAAACCAUACUGAUCCUGCUGGCAGUAUUUAUACUGUAGAUGCUAUGUUGAAUACCCUGUCAUUGAUGCCGAUCAGCGUGUGGGCAGUUCAACUAGUUCCACAUGAUUAUCAUUCCUCAUCUACCCAGGGUCAUCCGCGCAGCUGAGUACCCUGGUCUGCCUGAGUGAAGGCUAAGCAGUUCUAGUAGUGCCCAUGUGUUAAAAAUAUCGUUCGUCAGGUUUCACUUAACUGGAGAAUCCUACUUUUUCACUUUCCACGCAUAGUAAAAUCACGGGGUCAAAAUUCAUAGGCAAAACCAUCUUUCUAGCAAUCCUUUAAAAAACUCAGAAAUUGGCUUUGAAGCAGCCGCUUCGACAGGAGGAAUCUCGUUGAGCUCCCUCCUCACCACUACGCAAUUAAUAAUUUCUCUUUGUUUGGCGUUUUCCAAUAUAUGUGUUAUGUGCUAUCCACGGCAUACCAAUUCGCCAAUAUCCUCCUGUAAUAACUGGGAUGAGUGCUUGAAAGCCUCUAUUUAGGGAAAUAUAUAUAUCCACAUAUAAGGGUAGCCUCACGAGAAUUCAACGAAACUUUUGCUCUGACAUGCAUUUCCCCCCGAUCGCGUGUAACAUAGUGACUCUGUUCGAAGGGUUCUCUGGCUCUGGCAAGCAUUGUUUACCAGUAUGCUUAUUUUGCGCAAGUCUGCCUUUUAAUGCAGGUUUACUCUAUCGAUAUGUCAGCUGCUGUAGUGACGCACAUGUUCCAGUAAUGCACUAUUCGCCAAAUGCUUAUGCCGCGCGCUAUGAUAAUUACAAGAAUUCCUGGCUACUGACAACAUUCAUACCUGAUCAACACGCGGUUGUAACACAUGUCCCGACUGCAGUCAUGAUGUACUGGAGCAUUAUGUAGUUUUAGUGAAGAUAUU